UACCGCUCCAGGCGCGCAGCAUAAAAGCCCGCCCAGCGCACCCCAACCACGCCAGGCACUACCAGCAGUCACCAGAGGCCCCCGAUGCCGGCCUCACCGUCGCGCCCCGCGCCGUCUCCGGCCACGCCUCCCUCCGCCGUAGCCACUCCGCGCCGCCGGCGCCGCCUCGUCCAGGGGAAUCCCAACCAAAACCAGCACCACUCGCCGUCGCCGUCCCUGGCGCCGGCCUCCCCGUUCCCCUUCUUCCCGUCGUCGCCGUCGCCGUUCCACCGGUUCCUCCCCUCCCCGCUGCGCGCCUCCUCCGUGCCCUUCUCGUGGGAGCACCGCCCGGGCAUCCCCAAGACGCCCGCCCGGACCCGCUCCUCCUCCUCCAAGGGCGGCAGCGGCGGCAAGGCGCUCCCGCUCCCGCCGUCGCUGCUCGCCCGCUCCUGCGCCGGCGGCUCUGACCCCUACGCCUCCGUCGUCCCGGCCGAGUACGCCGCCGCGGCGCACCCGGCCGGCUGGAGCGUGCGCGUGCGCCGGACCCGGACCCGCCGGCGCCGGUCGCCCGCCAGCAGCCUGGGCGACGCCCUCGCCGAGUGGCUGUCCAUGCUCAGCCUCUACCGCUCCUGGAAACGCGCCGCCGCCUGUUUCGCCGCGAAUUCCUAGUCGCCGGCGGCAUGAGCUGAUGCCGCCGUUUGGAUUUGUGCGGUGACACAUAAUUCACUGUAAAUUACUCAAACUACUAGCAAUAGCUAGCUAGUGCAGUACAGUAUACUUAUAUGAUUCCAUUUGAUGCGUACGGUCUACAACGUGUAAGUACUAGUAUUUAGCGUUGCCAAUAAUUAGCGACAGGGCACGCUCCGGCAGCGAGUGGUGCUGUUGUUGUUGGCGGUGUGCUUUAGUGAGCAUUCAUCAUUAAGUAUUGGGUUUACGUUCAAAGUAACUUCGCUGGGAACUUUAAGCUUGUGGUUGAAUUCAGCUGGGUGACCACUACCGCUGACAUCAAAAGUCCAAGCCUGUAAUCGUGAAAAGCUGAUGACGACGAAAAGAUGAAAGCGUGUACAAGCAUGACAUAUAUUAUAUAUACUCUAUGUUUUUUUUAUC